UUUCAUAUGUUGAGCAAAAUUUGUGCAAGAAUGUUCGUUACCUAUGUGGUUCGGAAUUAGCAGUCAUACAGUUGUUAAAUAAAAGUUAAAUUGUGCAACAAAAAAAGCAUAGAUAAAGUAGAAAACGUCAUUGAUAGUGCGGAUUCUUUAAACUUAAUUACAUGCAUAAAGAAGGCAUGGAAAUUGUUGAAUCGGCAGCAGAGGGUAGCAAAAAACAGAUGAACGAAGUGUUAACAGUAGCAGCGUCGUCGGCGGAGGACAUUGGCAAUAGCAACGUGACUGGUAGUAGCGCUGCUAACAGUUCUGCAGCUGCUGCUUCAACAACGGAUAAAAAAAAAGAAAAUACGUCAAAAACUGCAACCAUUGGAUCAACUGACGUCAAAGAUAUGGAUAUCGAGAUUGAAGAAAUUCAACCAAAGUCUUCAGCACCGGCAAGUUUUUCAAAAGUUGAUGAGAAAACACAACAGCCGUCUGCUAAAUUAACAUCCUCUGUUACUGUCGCUUCAUGUAAACGCAUAGAUCAUGAUAUGCCCAUUAUAUCAAUAUCGGAUGGAGAAGAUGCAGUGGGUCAGCAUACACCAACAACUGCGCAAAAAGUUAGCCGUAAACGUAAUAGUGUAGGUGCAGCUAAAGCUGAGGAUGAGCAAUUUCUUUUGAAACGGCGUAAAAUUAAAGUGGCCGGUGCGCCAAAAAUGCCCUUAACAGGUUAUGUUCGUUAUAUGAAUGAUCGCCGAGAGUCGCUACGCAAGGAACUGCCCCUAAAAACGGCGAUUGAGCAUACAAAAAUCAUCGGUGAGGAAUGGCAAAAGAUGACAGAGGACAAAAAAGCACCCUAUAUGAAGGCAGCUGAGCUGGAUAAGCAACGCUAUCUCGAUGAAUUGCACACAUUCCUUAAAGAACGUCCUGAUGUGUUGGCCUGUGAGCUGGCGAAGAGUAAGCAGCAAAAGAACAAAGGUCCUGGGGAAGCUGGAAAACCCGUAUUGAAGGAGAAAUCGCAAUCAUCUGGCAAUAUCAAAUCACCGAAUAAAGAGCCGCACGUCAGCACAAACGCCGCCAGCAAGGAUAAAUCGCGCCGCAAUUCCGAAAAGGAUAACUCGCCACCGCCGGCUGCAACAGCAACAGCAACAGACAACAAACAUCGACGUAAGCGUACACCAACACCUCCUCGCGCACAAAGUAGCAAUAACAACAGAAACGCCAUCGCUUACACAAGCACCCCAAACAAUGCCACUUCCGGCAACAAUCACAACAGCAAACCAACAACAGAAACAAUUGAUAAUACCGCAUCAACUCUCUUAUCCGCCACAGUCGUACCUGGCGAAAUACCAAUUUUCACCAAUGAAUUUCUAGAGCAUAAUAAAAUUUUCGAUAUGGAAUUGCGUACGCUACGCAAAUCCAAAUCAGAUUUAGACACACAGAAUGCUGUGUUGGAGAAACAUGUGGAGAAUAUGAAAUUCGGAGUAGAGAAGUUGACUAACGAAAAUGACGAGCUAGCGGAGAAGAAUCAUUUACUUGAAUUGUACUUGGAAAAGUUGAAAUCGAAGUUGGCGCAAGCGCUGUCCAGUUUGGCCUUACCAACGCAGCCGAAUGGCGCAACUAUGGAUAAUAUCGAGAAAUAUAUGGGCGACUUGUAUAAGAUGGCUACAACCAACACACACGGACCGGCGAGCCUUAACAAGGCAAAGGAUAUUAUUAGAAAAUUAGAUUUACAGAUUAAUUUGUAGGCGCGCGCAUAAUGGAGGGGAAGAUAGGUGGCGCGGGUGUGAGUUGAAGAGGGAUUUGGUGGGGUUUAGCGUUGGAGAGAGGAAGAUAUACUAUAUAUACCUACAUAUCGUUACCUUAAUACAUAUAGAAAGGCCCUAUCUAAUAAUUUAUUUCUUUACGGAGUACUUAUGAAGUACAAAAGUCGUCCGUUGUGAAUUUCUUCUAACACUGGUUUUUUAUAAAUACUGAAACUUAUUAAAUGGUGUAGUUGCUUUCAAAGUCUAUUAGCCGACUUAUGUACGAAGCUGAAUUUCGAAAGAAAAUUAGUUGGGGUUGUCUAUAUUAAGGUAACGAUAUAUAUGUUGAUAUAUGUAUUUAUGCAUAGCUAAAGGUUCCAUAAAUUUAUUUCUGUUUAAUUUGAAAAUAAUAUGUGCUCUAUAGAGAUGAGUUACUUAAUUUGGUUAAGUUUUUGUUUAAGCUUAUGUUUGAUUAAAUUUCUGAAUUUUUUAUAUACAUUUUUGUUAUAAAUUCUGUGUUUUCGCGUUAUUGUUACUAUUAUUAGAACUAGUUCUGUUUCUUUAUUUUUGUAAGUUAUAUUUUAAAUUAAAAUUAACUACUAUGCACACGAUUACUAGCUAUUUUAAGGUGUACAAGUCAUAGGUCAUAUCAGCAUUUGCAUAUAAACGUAUAGAACGUUACUUUGACAAAAUAAGGGUCAUUCCUGUAAUUUGUGAAAAAUCUUGAAAAUAUCGAGACUUUGAUCGUUCCAUCGAAAUUGGUAUGUUCAAGUAUCGAGUUGUUUUUUUUUUAGUUUUUCGAGUCAAGGGGAAUCUUGCAGUGUUGAAUUGUGAACAGUGAAAGAGUGGUGUUUUUU